AUGGACCACAGCUCUGAUGCCAGCAGCAGUAUGGCAACCGUAACUCGCAAGGAGAGUCGAUUGGAACAUGCAAGGAAGCAUUUCCCGUAUUGGGUAAUGCCACUGAUAUGUGGUGGCGUUUGGUUCUCCAUGCUUUGGGCUAUGAUGAUUACAUGGCUUGCUCAGGGGCAGCCGAUAUACGCUUCCAUGAACCGGCGCCAGACCAUUGCCUACAUUUCGGAUAUUGGUGCCAAUGUCCUCAAGCCACUGUUUGUCACUGGGUGUGCUAUUACAGCCGUAGGGUUUGUGUUCUCACUGGCUUUUAUGCGCCGAAAUCACGCCCUUAGGUCCCGUCUUGAAAGCACCAUGGAUUGGCUUGCGCUCGCGACAGGGUCUCUUGGAGCCGUGUCUCUGAUUUUGCUUUCGGUAUUUGAUACGCAGAGGCACGUUUCUCUUCACAGACUUUUCUUGUUUUUGUUCAUGCUUGGAGUCGUUCUCUCUGCGAUAUUUACAACAAUCGAGUACUGGCGCCUUGGGAGGGUUUAUGUCGAACACCCAAUUUUGAGGAAAAGUUACUGGAUAAAGACCGGUAUUGUUGUCAUCGAAGUGGUGUUGUCCGUCGCUUUUGGAACCACAAUGUACAAACGCAAAGCUAAUGCAGCGGCAGUUCUUGAGUGGCUGGUUGCCUUCUUCUUCACAUUCUACGUCCUCUCCUUUUUUUACGACCUCCGACCGAAAGCCCGAACGAAGGAGGAAACCCAACGUGAGGCUAGGCGUGAAAUGCAGAGAAUAUCCACUGAUCAAGGCUUGAGUCCAUACCACGGAUGCCGAAGCCAAACCGAUAAUAACACUUUGGGAACACCGGAUUUCUGAAAUCUCAUUUCCUUCAAUGCGUUCACUACCACAUACCACACCACACCAUACUAGUACCGUACAUAACACUACACGCAUACAUACAUACUACGACCACAAACACUGCCUAGUAAAACCUUUCCUUUUGUUCUCCUUACUUUCUUAAAACUACUAGACCACGGCGGCGUUCAAGGUUUUCAUUAUUUUAGCUUUUGGGAUUUUGACUCUUUUCUGGACCGGGCAAAGUAAAUCAUGAGUUUCUAUUCUUUUUCUUUCUUUCUUUCUUUCUUUCUUUUUUGUGAAUUCAUGUCUAUAGUUUUGCAUGGGUGACUUUGCUGGUUAUCGUUAUUUUUAUUGGGCUGUAGGGUUCUGGUGGGGUGCAUUAUUGGGGUUUUGAGGCGUUUGGUUAGGAAGGGUAGAACAGAUGGUUGGUGUAUUGAGGCGGGAGAAGUUUGAGGGGAGGGAGAAGCGGUGUCUGGUGGACUCUAGAUACUGUGUACAGUACAGUACCGGUAUUCUUAGCGCGGUGGAUUAUUGUCUUGGGGGCAUUAGUACAAGUAAUUGUUAAAAAUUUGCGAUUGUCAUUGGUUUCUUAGUUUAGCGGGCGUGGGUGUGGUGGUGUGUACUGUACAAUGGGUUAAUAUGCCCAAAUGCUUGUAAGAAACGGGGCGAAGAGGUGGGGGGUCGAACUUUGAUAAUCUUGGAAUUAGCGGAAUACCGUAGGUCAGCAAUAGUCUGCUCGAGUGGUCGAGUACUAUACUGUGUGCGGUAGUCUAGGGAUUAAUCACACUGCAAAGAAGGCCUCCAAUUUGAAGGUAUCGUACGAGUAGAAUAAAAUACAUUACCACUA